AUGACAGAGAAUAAUUUCACAAAAGUGACAGUCUUCAUGCUCAGUGGAUUUUCAGAUCACCCAGAAUUACAAGUCAGUCUGUUCUUAAUAUUUCUUUUCAUCUAUUUAUUCACUGUGUGGGGCAACAUUGGAUUAAUCAUGUUAAUUAGAAUUGACUCUCAGCUUCACACACCUAUGUACUUUUUCCUCAGCAAUUUAUCAUUCAUUGAUAUAUUUUAUUCCUCCACUGUAACGCCCAAGGCACUAGUCGAUUUCCAGUCGACACAGAAAUCAAUAUCCUUUGUAGGCUGCUUUGUUCAGAUGUAUUUCUUUGUUGGUUUGGUGUGUUUUCUUCUGGGAUCAAUGGCUUAUGAUCGCUUUGUAGCAAUCUGCAACCCCUUACUAUAUUCUGUGAUUAUGUCCCAGAAAGUGUGCAUGUGGUUGGCAGUAAUACCAUACAUUAUAGGCUUCACAAAUUCUCUGAUAUCCAUCUGUGUGAUAAGCAGUUUGCCUCUCUGUGAUCCCUACAUCAAUCAUUUCUUUUGUGAUACCACGGCUCUUUUAGCCCUAUCCUGUGUAGAUGCCUUCAACACGGAAUUGGUGAUCUUUGUUCUAGCUGGUUUCACACUUCUCAGUUCCCUUCUCAUUAUCAUUUUCACUUAUGUGACCAUCAUCUCAGCCAUCCUUAGGAUACAGUCAACAGCUGGCAGGUGGAAGGCUUUUUCUACAUGUGCCUCUCACCUCACAGGUGUCACUGUCUUCUAUGGCUCCUUGAUUUUCACCUAUUUGCAACCUGAUAACACAUCAUCCCUCACUCAAGCACAGGUAGCAUCUGUGUUCUACACCAUUGUUAUUCCCAUGCUGAACCCACUGAUCUACAGUCUGAGAAACAAAGAUGUGAAAAAUGUUCUUCUGAGAGUCAUCCAAAGAAAACAUUUUAUGUAA